AUGGAUCUCGCCCCCAGGGAUCGCGCAGAGGCCCUGCUGCUCAAGGCCGCCCGCGCGUACGGCGUCCCCGUCGCGAAGGACGACGUGCGCAGCGCCCUGGACGAUGCCGCGUUCGUCGAGUGGGCGAAUCUACAUCUCGCGCCCGAUCACUUCCUGACGGGUGAUGAGCUGGCAUUGUAUACUGCCCUUGACAAGAGCGGACAGGUUGAUAGGUUGGCUGAUUUGUAUGAUCUGGGUGAGGUUCAGGCGGUCAAUGAGGAUGAUAUCAGAGCUGCUAUUGAUGAGUUGAACCGGUCUACCGCCACCAUAUCCAAGCAGACCGAGGCUUUACGACAGCAGCAAGAUGCUCUCUCGCGUCUUGUAAAGAAGCGAGAUGAAGCCGAAAGUCAACGCCGUGACUGGGAAGACUCCCGCUUAAACAAGACCAAGCUGGCACUCAAAAAGCUAGCCUUUGAGGUCGACGGUGAGGCGCAGAGCCUCGAGUAUCGCGUUGCCGAUCUAGAGCACCUCGCCAAGGACUCUCGCUCCAACCUCAAGCACACGGUGGAUGACGCGCUGCAGUCCGAUGACAGGCUGCUGUCGAGCCUGCAGAAGCUAGGUUGGGAGCUGGACCAGCAGGAUCCGGAGGAGAAGCAGACUGUUGAGAAGCUGCGAGAGAUCUGCAUGCGGCUGAUCAAGACGACUGUUGAGACGCUCCGCACGAGGUUGGAUAGGAUCUACCUUGAAGCUAUCCUUGCAGCGGAGAGAUCGGGUGAUGUCAAGUCGGCGACUAGUGACGAUGUCAAGGCUCUGGAGGAGGAGCUUGAGUCUCUCUACUCUGAGAUUCUGCCUGUUGCUCAGAUGUCGGCCGAGCAGCAGCAUCUAGAGCCAGCGUUGAAGUCGACCGACUCUCACAGUGGACAGAGCCUACACCGUUCUGCCGUAGCGGUUUCUUACGUCGAUGAAUGUCUGGACCACCUACUGGACAGAAUAUGUCUUCUCGCAGACCGCGUAGAGACGCUCAAGUCACACCACGCAGCAACAUCCUCCAUCAUUGCCACCGCCAAAUCAGAGGUCGCUGCCUCCCUCUCUCCAGAGAAGAAAGCUGCCAAGCCCGCUUUCCCUGCUUCACCUGUUCGCAACCGUAACCCCUCUCCCAUUCGACGAAUACGCGCGAACACUGGUUCUCGUCGCGGCAACCGUCGCCGUUCAUCUGGAAUCCUGGAUGAGCCUGCUAUUGAGGCCCUCCUUCGUAACCUCGCACUCACCCUACCCCCAGCAGAAGACGCAACCGCUCAAGAACGAACCUCAACCCUAGCACAAGUCGUAUCAGAACGCACCAUCAAAACAACAGACGUAACCCGCAACGCACAAGAAAGCUACGAAGCAAUCACAACCUCGCGUCUCGACGACACCCGCCUCGCCAUCCAGCUCCUCCGCGACAGCGUAUUGGCCGAGAGCCCCUUCAACGAGGUCAAGCUCGCCGAUCCCGAGAUUGAAGGGUCGAUCCACGUGCUGAGCCAAGAGGUGGACAAGGUGAGGGAGAAGCUCGAGGGGGUGGUUGCGAAGAAGGGAUCGUUGGCGAGGAGUGUUGCCAAGGAUGAGUUUGUGCAACGAUGGGCAGCGUGA